AUGUAUCAUGACAAUAAGAGUGAUAGGAGGAAGGAUAACCUGGAGAUUUCACUCACUAUUCACCAUUUGACAGAAGAAAAAAAUAAUCUAGAGGCCAACUAUGACAAAUUGGUUGAAGAUGUGCACCAACUGUUCAAUGCUCAAGAGGAUAGGAUGAUAGAUAUGGGGAAGAAAGAUGCAGAGAUCUUCAAGCUGCAGGAGAAGUAUAAAGUCCUUAUGAACCUGAGAAAAUCUCAAGGCACUGUCAUCCAGAACCUGAAGUUCAAUCAUCUAAAAGAGAAGGAAGUGCUUAGUGCAUCCACCAGGAACUUGCUGUUCCAGGUUGAUGAACUCAAAAAAUCUCAGGAAAAGAUCACCCAGGAGAACUCAAAGCUGCUCCUUCAUAUGGGUGAUCUCAAGAAGGGACAUGAGAAGCUCACAGCAAGGAGGGAUCAGCUAAAGAUUCAGAUUGCUGAAUUGUUGAAGUCAGAGGAGAAGAUCAAGCAGAAAUUGAAGGGGAUCCUGGACAUCUUUUCAGAAUGA